ACGACUGCUCCACGUGUGAGACGUCUGCUACUUCCUGUCAGCGUGCAUUUCAUAUUUUGUCAUCAUAUCUUAUCUUAAUUAUAACAUGGAUCUCGGGAUAUAUAAACUGUUCUUCUUCUUUGGAGCUUUUACCAUUUAUCAAACUAGUGGAAAAGUCUUUGAACUUAACAAAAGUAAUUUCGCAACGUUCAAGAAGUCAUCACGGUUUUCAUUAGUGUUUGUCGAUUCCAAUAAUUCAGACUGUACACGAUGUCGACAAAUGUUUCCGUUUUUCACGGCGGCUUCUCAGAACUUCGAGGAAGAUCGGGACAUUUCGUUCGGUCGUGUUCAUGGCUACACUCUGAUCAACAGCAGCCUAACCCACCAAUUACCAGCCGUGUACUAUUACCCACCGGAUGCCCACACCGCGGAAAGAAUGUACAGUGACAUCACCGUGGACAACAUCAUGGAGACGAUCGCUAACAACAUGUACGGCUACUUCGGCGACACGAAAAAGACAUACGCCAUUGACGUGAACGAGGAGAAUUUUGACGAAAUCGUUCAUGCGCCGAUUCAGUAUGUGAUGCUGUUGCUCUAUGAUAAAGCUACUGACGAAAUAGUGACGAUGAUAAAUGAAGUGGCCGAAGCGUUUAGAUAUGACGAUGAGAUAAUAUUUUGCAAACUGAACGCAGACAGGAAUAAGGAGUUUGCUGACAAACACUUCAAAUACCGAACGCCACCGAAGAUAUUCUGGUACCACUUUAAACUCAAAGAGGAAAAGAAAUCGGUGAGUAGAAACUAA